AUGCCACAUGCUCCUCAACCGCACCUUGUACGCGCACAUGUGACAGUCAUAACACAACGUAACUCGAAUGAUAAGCCACUGGCUGGGGUCGCUAUGCCACAUGCUCCUCAACCGCACCUUGUACGCGCACAUGUGACAGUCAUAACACAACGAAACUCGAAUGAUAAGCCACUGGCUGGGGUCGCUAUGCCACAUGCUCCUCAACCGCACCUUGUACGCGCACAUGUGACAGUCAUAACACAACGUAACUCGAAUGAUAAGCCACUGGCUGGGGUCGCUAUGCCACAUGCUACUCAACCGCACCAUGUACGCGCACAUGUGACUGUCAUAACACAACAAAACUCGAAUGAUAAGCCACUGGCUGGGGUCGCUAUGCCACAUGCUCCUCAACCGCACCUUGUACGCGCACAUGUGACAGUCAUAACACAACAAAACUCGAAUGAUAAGCCACUGGCUGGGGUCGCUAUGCCACAUGCUCCUCAACCGCACCUUGUACGCGCACAUGUGACAGUCAUAACACAACGUAACUCCAAUGAUAAGCCACUGGCUGGGGUCGCUAUGCCACGUGCUCCUCAACCGCACCUUGUACGCGCACAUGUGACAGUCAUAACACAACGAAACUCGAAUGAUAAGCCACUGGCUGGGGUCGCUAUGCCAGAUGCUCCUCAACCGCACCUUGUACGCGCACAUGUGACAGUCAUAACACAACGUAACUCGAAUGAUAAGCCACUGGCUGGGGUCGCUAUGCCACAUGCUACUCAACCGCACCAUGUACGCGCACAUGUGACAGUCAUAACACAACAAAACUCGAAUGAUAAGCCACUGGCUGGGGUCGCUAUGCCACAUGCUCCUCAACCGCACCUUGUACGCGCACAUGUGACAGUCAUAACACAACGUAACUCGAAUGAUAAGCCACUGGCUGGGGUCGCUAUGCCACAUGCUACUCAACCGCACCUUGUACGCGCACAUGUGACAGUCAUAACACAACAAAACUCGAAUGAUAAGCCACUGGCUGGGGUCGCUAUGCCACAUGCUCCUCAACCGCACCUUGUACGCGCACAUGUGACAGUCAUAACACAACGUAACUAG